GAGACACUCCGUGAGAUUUUUGCCGUGAACAUACUCCUAGUGCAGUCCCGUUGUCAACCUUUUUGUUCAAAUUGAAUUUUAUGUGAGGAGGAAAAAAAAGAAAACCAACCCCCAUCCCUUUCAUUGAGUGCAAAAGUCAUCACUCCUGUAGAAGGAAAGUGAUACAAGAGAGAGAGACUGUGUGCUGUGAGAUUUGAUUCUUUUUUUAAAAGUAGUUUUGAGUUCUUUUUUUGGGGGUGGAAAGAAGUGCGAAUGGGACAUUUUGUUCUAAGAGGAGAUAGAGAGGAAAAGUGAAGGCCUUCAUCUGAGUGAUUUGAGCUUUUUGGAUUAUCAAGGAGGUGUUGUCCCCUUCUGGAGAAUUUGAGAGUCAAUCGAUUCAGAGCAGCCACAAUGAAUCGGAUUACUUUGGGAUUUGGAGCUUUCGUAGCGAUGCUCCUCCUCACAGAGGCAUACCCAAUUUUCGGUACAAAGCGCUACCAUCGUGCGAGUAGCAUCCCAUUGCAACUGAAUCCAAUUCCCAUUUACACAGCUGUACCCCAGUACUAUGACUACAGCCCCUAUGAGGCACAAUACCAAGCCUAUGGACUCCCCAUUUACCAUGGUGAGUACAAGCCAACACAGUACUACUACGCCCAAGGCCCAAGCUACAGCUACUACGACGAUCGUGGGGAAGAUGCACCAAAUCCAAUGGAUCACCUUCAUGAGGAGAUGCUGCAGGAAGAUGAGCGUGAGCGCUUCCAUGAGAAUAGUCUACCAAUUGGGCAGGAGACGUGGUAUGCGGAGCCAGCAGCACGUCAGCCAGAUUCCCUGGCAAAUGCCAAUGCUGCCUUCCUCAGGAAUCUCAUUGCCUACAAUAGUCAAAUGAAUGCUGCUGCUGCUGCUCCGGAGCAGAAUGACGAUGGGGAAUUCGAGGAGUACAGUGACUUUAGCGAUGGCGGUGGGUACUUUGACUCCCCCCAGGUAGACACAUACAGUGGCAAUUUCAACCCCUACGAAGCAUCGCAGCGACUCAAUGGGAAUUUGCAUGAAGAUGAGGAUGAUGAUGUGCAAGAACUCAAGCAUUUAGCAUACGAGAAGGAACACCAAAAUCCCCAUGCAACAAUUCACAAAUCCCUCCCGACAAAACACCAGCCAGCUCCUGUCCAAGAUUCCUGGCGUCAUGGUAAUGAAGCUGCAUUCCAUCAGUACGACUCAGACCCAGAGUACGAAGAUGAGUGGAUUAAUUGGGAUAGUAAGAGGAGUGUUUUGCCCAUAAAGCAGAAAGAUGUGGGCUCGAUUCUUGCGUUCAGUGACCGGAAACCAUCGAAUUUGGUGGCAAAGCACAAGGAGGGUUCCACUGUGGCACCCCCUGUGGUCACACCCAAUGCGAAGGAAGGUAAAAGUGGACAGAAGGAGGUUGUACUCCCACGACCAGCUACACCCGUUAAUCAACCCUUCACAGCGAGUGCCAUGAAGUACCUCAAGCAGCAGGCAGAUGUUGCAUCAUCCCCCAAAGAGGAGAAUUCAAAGGACACCACAAAGAGGUCACCGGGCAAAGGGAAGCAGUCUGUGUACGAUACCAUAAAGCAUCUAAUAGCCAUGGAGCAUAGUCUAGAGGAGAGUGCCCAGAAGGAGCAGCAACAGCUGAAUCGGCUGAAAAAGCGAUUUGUCACAAAUGAGGAGAGCCUUGUGCAACAGUUGGAUGGCCUAAAGAGAAUGGCAGCGUAAAGGAAAUCCACCAAAAAAAACCCUCCUAUGUUGAGUUCCCAUAUUCAUCAAGCAUCCCCCAAAUAAAAGGUAAAACCUCUAUUUAAAUUUUCAUCAAAAGAAAAAUCUUAGCCAGUUACCAAGUAGCUGGAAAAUCCCACUGCAGAGGAAUACAUAUUAACAACCAACAAAGAAAAAACUCCUACUAUCCUCCACAAAGAACCUCUCGACCAUCUACAACUUUGUUCAACAUAGAGAAGAUCUUUUGACUUAAGACUGAUUAUUUUUAAAAAGAAAAACUGAUGAUAAAAUCGAUGAAAAAAAAAACACUAUAAAAAGAAUUUUGUGGAUAUAGCCAAAUUUUUUAAGUCUUGUGCGAAACACUGAGAAAGUCUCUUUCAAUAAUACACAGCAGUUAUUGUAUUUCUGUUAUAUUACCUCUAUCGCACGAUGGAGCUAUCUUUUUCUACGUAAACACUUUAAAAUAUGAGCUUUAAUGAUAAUAAUGGGAGAUUAAUAAAAAAUAAAUAAAUAUUAGGGAGCUUUUCAGUUUGUUUCUUUUAUUUCCAAAAAUAAAAUGGUUUUCCCAACACGGGAGCCAAGAAAAAAGAAUAUUUGACUUAAUAAAAAUGCUCUCAAAUCCCUUUUAAGGACACUUAAACUUUUGGGGAAGAAAGCAUUUUAUUUCUUAUUACACGUAUAUUUUCUUAGGGUGGAAAUAAAAGAGAAUUUAGUAGAUGAAUAUAUAUAAAAUUAAAUGUAUAUUCUCCUGACAGAGACACGGUUACAUGAGAUGAGGUUAUCUAACUCUUAAACUUAUAUUUAGAAAUUAAAAUAAAAUAAUAACAAAAAAA